ACAGGUUCCCGGCGUUUGCCGAGCAACCUUGUCCCCGGUAUGGGGCUGCUGGAGCUGUGCGAGCAGGUGUUCGGUACCACCGACCUCUACCGGGUGCUGGGUGUGCGGCGCGAGGCUUCCGAUGGCGAGGUACGACGUGGCUACCGCAAGGUGUCCCUGCAAGUGCACCCCGACCGUGUAGAUGAGAACCAGAAAGAGGAUGCCACCCGCCGCUUCCAGAUCUUGGGAAGAGUCUAUGCGGUGCUGAGUGACAAGGAGCAGAGAACAGUGUAUGAUGAACAGGGGACGGUGGACGAGGACUCUUCUAGCCUCUACCAAGACCGGGACUGGGAUGCGUAUUGGAGGUUACUCUUUAAAAAGAUAUCGCUAGAGGACAUUCAAGCUUUUGAAAAGACAUACAUAGGCUCGGAAGAAGAGCAAAAUGAUAUUAAACAGGCCUAACUGGACUUCAAGGGUGACAUGGAUCAGAUCAUGGAGUCUGUGCUUUGUGUGCAAUACACAGACGAACCCAGGAUAAGAAACAUUAUCCAACAAGCUAUCGAUGCCAAAGAGGUUCUGUCCUACAAUGCCUUCGUCAAAGAGUCUAAGCAAAAGAUGAAUGCAAGGAAAAGCAGGGCUCAGGAAGAGGCUAAAGAAGCAGAGCGGAGCAGAAAAGAGCUGGGGCUGGAGGAAGGAGUGGAUAGUCUGAAAGCACUCAUCCAGAGCAGACAAAAAGAUCGGCAAAAGGAAAUGGACAAUUUUCUGGCUCAGAUGGAAGCAUAAUACUGCAAGCCUUCCAAAGGAGGGAAAAGAACGGCUCUCAAAAAGGAAAAGAAAUAAUGUAAUAGAGUUUUUCUCUCGUUGGGUCCUUCUGUGUCAGUGGUGCUGUGGUAGACAAAGUGAAGGCAGCCAUUAACCUGACCGUGAGAGAAGCUGUGUGUCCUGUCUAAAACACACCGAUCACCUAAGUAAGCCAAGCAGGAGUCAUCAGCCUGAUCUGUAGCAUUUCUUAAACUCACCUGACAUUGUGUGAGGGUUUCGUGUGAAGAUGUGUGUGGUGGUGGUUGGGAGGGUGGAUUUGACAUCUGCUUCCGUGGGCCUUCUGCCCAGGGAGCUCUCUAUAACACAGUCUCUGGACUGCUUUCGCUGGUGUGCAUGCACUAAAGAGAUGCUGUACCCCUGGGGAACACCCUCAGAACACCUACUGAACAGCUGUCUUCUAAAUAAACGCUAGUGUGCUUUGGUCUUAAUAAUCCUACGCAAAUCCUCUUUUCUUGUUCUGCUGUUAGGUUUCAUCUUCUGUCCCUUAGUAGGAGAUGUGGGUGUUCAUGUUACUGCAGAUUGUUGUAAGAUUGUGGCUAAAUAAAUAAAUAA